GGAGAGCUUCCGGCGGUGAGGACCCCGCGACUAUAGGCGGACCCUCCCUGCGAGAGAGCGCGGAUUGGCCAAGUCGGUAGCAGGGGGAGGGGCUGGUAACCCAGAGGAGGCGGCGGCGGCUGUGCCGCGGUAGGUGAGGCGUCUGACCCGGCUGUGGGCCCCGGCAGGGCGCGGCGAGAUGGAGGUGACCGGGUUGUCUGCGCCCACAGUGACCGUUUUCAUCAGCAGCUCUCUGAACAGCUUUCGCUCUGAGAAGCGGUACAGUCGCAGCCUCACAAUAGCUGAAUUCAAGUGUAAGCUAGAGCUGGUGGUGGGCAGCCCUGCGUCUUGCAUGGAACUGGAGCUGUAUGGAGCUGACGAGAAGUUCUGCUGCAAACUGGAUCAGGAGGAUGCGCUGCUGGGCUCGUACCCCGUAGAUAACGGCUGCCGCAUCCAUGUCAUUGACCACAGCGGUGCUCGCCUUGGGGAGUAUGAGGAUGUGUCCAAGGUGGAGAAAUACAGGAUCUCACAAGAAGCCUACGACCAGAGGCAAGACUCGGUCCGCUCCUUCCUGAAGCGUAGCAAGCUGGGCCGAUACAACGAAGAGGAGCAGGCACAGCGAGAGGCUGAGACCACCCAGCGCCUCAGGGAGGAGCAGGAACAGGCCAGUGCCAUCCCUGUGGGCAGCCGCUGUGAGGUGCGGGUACCCGGGCAGCCUCCUCGCCGGGGCACUGUCAUGUAUGUAGGACUCACAGAUUUCAAGCCUGGCCACUGGAUUGGCGUCCGCUAUGAUGAGCCACUAGGGAAAAACGAUGGCAGUGUGAAUGGGAAACACUACUUCGAAUGCCCGGCCAAGUAUGGUGCCUUCGUCAAGCCAUCAGUUGUGACAGUGGGGGAUUUCCCUGAGGAGGACUACGGGUUGGAUGAGAUGUGACACCUAAGGAAGGGCAUCCUCCUGCUCCAGCUAAUUUGCCUCCCUAUGUUUGCCAAUGGCUCUCUUGCUGUUCCUGUUUUUAUUUUAUUCACUUUGUUCUUGUCAUUGAUUUUUGAGACUUGUGUAUUAAAUUCACUGGAACUGGG